GGGUGCUUCUGGUGGGCCUUUUGCAUGCUAGCAGAGCACCGCCCCCUGAAAGAUCCGUGAAGAAUGGGUUGCUGCGGGUCGGCCAAGCACAAAGAGGCUGAGGCUGACACAGCGGCACCAGGCACCGAAACGCUCAGUCCAGAGGACGAGGCUCUGAGGCAGAAGAAGCAGGCCAAGAAGAUGGUGAAGGUCUUUGUGAAGGAGAUGGUGCGGGGACGGAAGCUGGAAGCUGUGCUCAAGACGGGCAAGCGGAAGGCGUGUGCCUGCUCCGUGAGCCGCAGCCUGGACGCUUUGAAAGUGAAGCUGGCGGGCCACUCCCGGACCAUCGCGCUCGUGGACGUUGCCGAGAUCCAUGCAGGGACCGGCUUGAAGCGGGUGGACACGCCCCUCGACGAGCUUUGCGUCACACUGAUACUGGCGUCACAGGAUGCCAUCACCUUCCGCUUUGAGGAUGUGGAGGAGCGAGAUACCUUCGCCGCCUGUUUGAUGAUGUUCAUCCAGCGCGCCCAGGGCGCGGAGCUGGAGGAUCAAGGCGAAGGCAUGCUGACAGAGGCCGAGGUCGCAGAAGCGGCCGGGGAGGAGGAGCAUGCAGAAAUGAGCAGUGUGUGACCACGGA